CCCAUCCAUCCCACCCGCCCACCCAGCGAGGCGCCGCCGCGUCGCCGCUCUCCUCUCCUCCUCCCUUUCCCGCUCUCUCGCGGCUGAAUCGGCCGCCGCUCGCCGGCGGGGAGGGGCUCCCGGGCUGGGCAGGAUGAAGACGACCAAGGGAGGGAAGGUCAUGAACCCCACCGACGCCUUCCGCAAGGAGCAGCGGAAGAAGGAGCUCAAGCGGAAUAAAAAAGAAAGAAAGAAGGUACGAGAGGUUGGCAUUUUGAAAAAGGAUCCAGAGGCUAUACUGGAGCAGAUUGAGAAACUGGAAAAGAUGAAAGCUGAUGGUGCUCUCGACAAGGCUAGGAAACAUAAGAAAAGGCAGCUUGAGGAUACAUAUAAUCUUAUAGUAAAGAAAAGGAAGGAAUAUGAAGAUAAAAUGAAAGAGAAGGGUGAGCAACCAAUUAUGUUCAGCCAUCUUGGACCACCAAAGAGGCGGCCUGCUGCAGAAGAGGAUGAUAGAGCUAAAAAUCCCAAGCCUGAGGAUUCUGUUUAUUAUCACCCAACCCUGAAUCCAUCUGGGGCACCACCCCCUGGCAAACCUCCAAUGUACAAAUCUUCCAUAGGUCCAAGGAUCCCACUGCCUUCAUCAAGUGCUGGUGCUUCAUCUUCUAUGCCGGAAACUGAAGAAGCAGGCCCUUCAACCCUGCCACCCCCUCCACCACCCCCACCAUUGCCCACCUCUUCAGAACCUGUCGACCCAUCUGCUGCAUCUUUACCCCCUCUCCCACCCCCACCCCCUCCUCCACCUAAGCCUGCUAACAUUGCAGGAGCGCCAGGCUUACCUCUGCCACCUCCACCUCCUCCUGGACCACCUCCCAGAGAAAUUGUGCCAGGUCAAACAUUACCGCCGCCACCUCCGCCUCCACGGCCUUUGCAGCCACCACCCCUAGCUGGUACAAAUGAACUUGCUAAUAAGCAAAUCGGAGAGGGUGCAAGCUUGACAGAUUCUGCACAGGCAAAAGGUUUGCUACCUCCUCCACCUCCUGGUUUGACACCAAAUUCAAAUGAAAUGCAGAACGGCAGCAAUGCUCCUGGUUUGAAAGAAGAAGAUAAAGUCAAGAGGAUCUUACCGCCACCUCCACCGCAGACAUCACAGUUGCCACCUUUACCUCCAAGACCUCCAACAAUGCCUGCAAUGCAACCUGAUAUGCUAACCCCAGGAGUUACCAGAUUUCCUCCACCUCCACCACCAGACACAAGGCCACCAUUUAUGGCUCCUGGAAUUAACGCCAGGCCCCUUCCACCACCCCCUCCAGGAUUACCUCCACCUCCAGCACAGAUGCAAAUGGCACCCUUUGGUGUACCUCCUGGUCCACCACCAAUGCUUCCACCUCAAUUUUUUCCAGGACCCCCAAUUCAAACAGGUGACUUUGCUGCCUUUGGUCCAAGGCCAAAUUUACCUCAGCAGCCAUCAUAUGUCAAGUCAGCUGCCCCAACAGUUGUAAAGAGACCAUUGGCACAACAUACUCCUGAGCUCACUGCAAUGGUUCCUGCAUCAGUUCGAGUUAAGAGAGAAUCGGCUCUCCCCAAACCAAAGCCAAAGGUGCAGCAGUCAGCAACAACGUCAUCUUCAAUUCUCAAGCCGUCAGUGGCUCCAAUAAAAUCUGAGCCCCAGCCUUCGUCCUCAGCAUCCAAACCACAAAGUAUUGAUGAUUCUUACAUGGCAUUCUUGGAAGAUAUGAAGCAACUGGGUGCUCUUGAUGAGUAGCUUGAUUAGUCUAAAUUGCAAAUAGCAAGCUAGCAGUUUCAGGCAUGAGCCCUCUCUCUCUCUUUACACUGCGGCUCAUGAUUAGUAUUUCCUGCUAGCUCAGAAACCAUGCCUUUUUUCUCCAUGAGCAACAAUUUUUCAGAUCUGCUUUUGUGAAAAUGGGGAAACAUUCAUAAUCAAUCUCCAUUGUUGUGCAACACAACUGUAUCAAGUCAAAUCAAUAGAGCAUGAUGGGCUAUCUUCACA